GUGUUUGUGAAGCGGCCACAUACAUUUCCUUAAUCGAUCGAUGCUUCGUCUUUGUUCCCCUUCACUCAUUCGAAGAAAUCUAAGCACAACCCUGCGCCUCUUCCAUCUUCCCAAACCAUCCUCCUUUACCGCAUCUAUCCGGAGCUAUUCGAUAAGAAAAGGGUUUUCACCAUCAUCAUCAUCAAAGUAUUAUAGUACAUCUUGCUAUCUUGGAAUUUUAGCCGCGGGUUCUUCUAACACUCACCGAACGAUGGCAAGCAGCGCUUCACAGAAUGCCAAAUCAGUCCAUGACUUCACCGUCAAGGAUGCUAGAGGAAAGGAUGUGGACCUUAGCAUUUACAAAGGGAAGGUUCUCCUGAUUGUCAAUGUCGCAUCUCAAUGUGGUCUCACCAAUUCGAACUACACGGAAUUGACCAAGUUAUAUGAGGAUUAUAAGGAUAAAGGUCUUGAGAUCUUGGCUUUUCCCUGUAAUCAGUUUGGGGGACAGGAACCUGGGAAUAAUGAACAGAUUAUUGAGUUUGCUUGCACUCGAUUUAAGGCUGAAUAUCCCAUCUUUGAUAAGGUUGAUGUUAAUGGUGCAAACACCUCUCCAAUAUACAAGUUCUUGAAAUCAAGCAAAGGUGGGUUCCUUGGGGAUGACAUUAAAUGGAAUUUCUCAAAAUUUCUGGUUGAUAAGGAUGGGAAUGUUGUUAAUCGUUAUGCACCCACCACCUCACCUCUUAGCAUCGAGAAGGACAUUAAGGAACUGUUAACCUCAAAGCUCUGAUGAUUGCUUUUAUAGCAAUGAUUCUAAGGUAAUAAAAGCAGUAUAAAAUAAAAGUAUAGUAUAAAAUAAAACAUUGCCGUGAGUUCAAAUGCAAGGACAAUUUUGAGCAAUUGUAUUUGAUUCUCUUGUGGAUGUUAUUAUGUAAUAGACUGGAUUCCAUCUGUAAUAUGGUUUUGAAGCUUUUCUUACUGUUGACACAUUUGAAUA